CAAAAACUAAAGGUCCUGUGACCGAGUUGAGUUUUACAACUCCUGACAAUCGUGACAAUCGUGAAACAAUGACCAAUCAAAUAGCUUGCCUUAUAUCUUGGGACUUUACGUUUGCUACUACCAACAUGCGUAAGAACUUAAAAGGAAGAAUUCCUUUCGAAUUUAUUUAUUCGGAAGCAGAGUCCAGCUCCGAAGAUGAGCUAAUUGAAAAGCCUAUUCCUUAUUCAAGAGUUUCUCACUCAAGCAAAUUAGUAGAAAGUGACAAGGCGGAUAUAUAUUCUAUAUCAAGUGAAGAGUGUGUGAAUAGCGAUCAAAGCGUGACAUCUGAUUCAUCUGACAACAGUGAAUCACCGCAAAUUGAUUUAGAUCGAGAUUUUGAAGAUUUUCUAGGACAAGAUUUUGAUGAUUUCCAAGACAAUGAUAUCUUUAAGUCAUUACCGAAUGGAUUAAUGAACAAUAAAUUUUCAACAUUAUCCACGAUCUAUGACAAAUCCUAUGAAAAUGAAAAUUUCACACAAAUAGAAAAUUCAGAUCAAUUCUUUUGUAUGAAUCCUGGCUGUCAUGAAGCCUUUGCUUGCGAAGAGGAUCUACGAAAUCAUUUGCUUUCACAAUAUGAUCCUGUAAUGAAUCGAAAUGUGAUACCUCAGCAACAAUCGGAGGAGAACACGGAUCCGAAACGACAAUACCGUUCCAACAUGGCGAAUAUAGACGCGAAUGAAUUAGAUUCAUAUAAAAGGCUGGAGAACAGUAAAUAUAAAAGACAUGAUAGAAAGAAUGAUUCCUACAAUAGACAACAAAGUAAAAUAAAUUUUUCGGCGAAAAAUAACCAUAGAAAUAACCUAAAUAUCACGCAACCAUUUAUUUGUGAUGAAGAAUUUUUCACUUCGGGAAGUUAUUCAAAUGGAUACAAUGUCCGCAAUCAUUCAAAGUCUUCACAGGAUGAUGAUAAUAGGCACUUAAUUUUUGAAGGGCAGAAAUACGAACAUGAUUUCUCAUCUAAGAAUGUUUUAAGAAUCUAUUUAAAUCGUUUUCAACCAACUAUAUAUGAUGAACAAAGGUGUGAAAAUGAGGAAUUUACCACUAGACACCUAAAUAGUUUCGAUUUAACACGUCAUAUACAUGAAGAAAACGGAUGUGGACGAAAGUUUAGAGCUAAAAAGGAAUUGAAGAAUCAAUAUUCACCUUAUCAAGAAUCAUUCACAUAUUCGCAAGGUCUAUAA